AUGCUCCUUCCCAAUGGCACCCAGUUUCACCCUUCCUCCUUCCUCCUGCUGGGGAUCCCAGGACUAGAGUCCUUUCACAUCUGGAUUGGCUUUCCUUUCUGUGCAGUGUACGUGAUUGCAGUCCUAGGGAACAUCACCAUCCUGUUGGUGAUCAAGACUGAGAGCAGUCUCCACCAGCCCAUGUUCUACUUCCUGGCUAUGUUGGCCACCAUUGACUUGGGCCUCUCCACAGCGACCAUCCCUAAGAUGCUUGGCAUCUUCUGGAUUAAUCUCAGAGAGAUCAUCUUUGAAGAUUGUCUUAUACAGAUGUUUUUCAUUCACAAAUUCACACUUAUGGAGUCAGCAGUCCUCCUGGCGAUGGCUUAUGACCGCUAUGUGGCCAUCUGCAUCCCACUCAGAUACAGCACCAUCCUCACCAAUAAGGUCGUUUCUGUGAUCGGUCUUGCUGUGUUAGUAAGGGCAGUCAUCUUCGUUAUUCCAUUUAUAUUUCUAAUUUUGCGACUGCCCUUCUGUGGCAAUCAUGUCAUUCCCCACACCUACUGUGAGCACAUGGGUCUCGCUCGUCUGUCUUGUGCCAGUAUCAAGAUCAACAUUGUCUAUGGUUUAUGUGCCAUAUGUAAUUUACUGUUUGACAUCGUAGCCAUUGCUCUUUCUUACAUACAGAUACUCCGUGCUGUUUUCCAUCUCCCUUCCCAGGAAGCCCGGCUCAAGUCCCUCAGUACUUGCGGUUCUCAUAUUUGUGUCAUCUUGGCCUUCUACACUCCAGCCCUCUUUUCCUUUAUGACACACCGCUUUGGUCGAAAUGUGCCCCGCUUUAUUCAUAUACUCCUGGCCAAUCUUUAUGUUGUAGUGCCACCCAUGCUCAAUCCUGUCAUAUAUGGGGUGAGAACCAAGCAGAUCUAUGACUGUGUGAAAAAAAUGUUAUUACAGAUACAGGGAAAGGGAAAGAAAUAG